ACAUAUACAUAAGUAAGACGAGGGCUUGGUUUCUCCAAAGUUUCCUUUCUUUGUUUCUUCACGUGCCUGAGAGCAAAGAGAAUUUUUGGAUAAGAAGCUGCUGGGAAAUCAAGCCCUCUGAUCUGAGACCAGCCAGUGUUGCUGCUUCUCCAGUCUAUAUGACGCAUCUUUUAAGCUGGUGUGAUCACUCUGCUGCCCUCUACUGUUAGGAGUGGGCUCAGCAUGGAGACGCAUUAAUUAGCGCUCAGCAGUAUUACUUACUAGCACUAUUAUUAAAGGUCUUAUUAGUAUGAAUGACCAUAUUCUUGACAUUGGGAAGCGUGGGCUGCAGGGUUGAGAAUGAAUACACGAUCAGUGUAGGAUCAAACCUGACCAACGCUGCUUUGACUUUUUGUGUUCAUUUUUUUAAAGAGAUGAAAUGUAGAGUUUGAUGUAUUUUGCACAUGUUCUUCUGAAAGGUGAACCUAAGGGCUUUUCUGUACACACCUUCUUAUUUUAAUACCAACACCAUUCCUUUGACGUUGAUUUUUUUUUUUUUUUCGAACUGCUGUUCGAUACUGUUGCCUCUGACUGACAGAUGUGUAGAGAUGAAUUGUAGUUGUGGGGCUGCUCUCCCCGACACUCCCUGCAGAUUUUUGUUUAAGAUGAAUUGUUUUUGUCCAUUGAGUUUGUCCAAACACAGUACAUGUGCUCCAUUGCAGAGGUCCUUCCCCUUGAGUGUGUGGAUGUUGAAGAUAUUGAAGAUAUUGGUAGUCCUGAUGUGAAAGCAGAGCUUCCCUCCCACCUCAGCAUCACUAAGGAUGUUAUGGAGCGCUGCAUUCAUCUGCUGUCUGAUCCCAGCCUCAGGCUCCGACUCAAGGUACUGGACGUGCUGGAGUUGUGCCUUCAGGUGCUGAGUGAGAGGGAAAAUGAACUGCUGCCUAUGGCUCAUCGCUGCUGGCCAGCACUCCUGCAGACACUCACAGCCGAUGACCCAUUAGCAGUCCUCAGAGCCUUCAGGGGCUGCCGUGCAGGUCACCUACAGCUCCACCAGUCACACGUCUGUACGAUCAGGGGAGCCCACUGGAGACAAGUCCACAGGAAGCAUGUGGAAGAUGAUUCUGGUGCUGCCGCCUUUAGCUGUGUUAUCAGCUGUGUGCUACUACGCCUACAUCGUGUGAUGAACAGUGGAAGGAUUGUUCCAUCGAUGUCACAUCGAGAUUCUUUUUUUGUGCUUCACCACUUUUUACUUGGACUCUGCUACAGUAGCUUCACAUUCUGCUGUCCAACUUUAAAGCCAAAGCUUCUAGUGACCAGCCAGUUUUGAGUUUUUACAACUGUAAUACUGUCGAUUAUGUUAUUGUUAAUACAGGAAAAAAGUGGGACUGUCAGGUAAUAUCUGUGCUGACCUUGCAGUUGCAGUUAUUAUUACUCUGUAGCUGUACUCUAUAGUUAUUACUCUGCUAGAAUCAUUUUACUGUUGAAAAUAAUACUUAUUUAUCUGUUACUGGCCUUUGGUGCAGCUCCCCACUUCAUCUUCUGUCUGAAACAACUGUUUUAACUCCUCUAACAUUAAAGCCAUCCAUGUAUCCUUUUUCUUAUCUAAUUCAGGGUCAAAUGUAAUUGUUGAAUGACAGUUUUAAGCAGUGUCCUUUUUUAUUAUUUUCUAUUUACCCGAGUUUUGAGAUGUACUUAAUCAUGUGGCACCAGAGAAAGAAAACCGAAGAAGAUUCAAAACACUGGACUCACACUGAGUCGUUGUGUCGACAGUGACAGUAGACAAGUUGAUUACAGCGCUGUGUAACAAGUUUACACCUGCCUCUGUCCAGUUUAUCCAAACCUGCUACAUAGGAUUUAAAAUGUUACUUUAAAUCUAAAAUGCUGUCUUCCUGCUGUUCUGUAAAGUAUCACUCCUAAACAGUGUGUGCGUCAGUGUAACAGUGUGUAAUAAUAAUAAUAAUACAGUUUCUUAGUCACUGUAAAGCAGAAAGAAUUAAACUCUUAAUAAAAUGUGACUGACAAGAAAUGUAACGAGGCAAAUUGUUAAAGGUAUUUUUUGUAAAAAUAAAAAAAAAUCAGAAAAUGUAAUGAAGACAUUUUACAAGAAACCGUA